AGCCGGGCGGAGCGGUUCGUCACGUGUUUGGCGGCCGAGUCGUUUGCCGCGGCGGUCGCGAAAAGCCCGAAUCGCCACGCUCCGCGGGGCAGAAAGUUGCAAGGCUUGGGGCUGGGCAGGGGGGGCGUCGGCUGUGUGUUUGCGGGGUUGUGUUGGCUUCAAGGCUUGCCCUUGCCUUUGCCCUUGCCCUGGUUGGCGAAUGCGACGCGCGCCCCUUUCGUUUCGAUAGCGGUGGGAAAGCUGGCGGCCAUUUACCGAGAGGCGCCAAGUGCGGCGGCCGAAUGUUCGGCCGCCUACCGGUGCCAGAAGGGGGCUGGGGCGCAGCUUCGGCCGACUAGCCCGGGGGCGUUGGUCCGCGGAGAAGAUCGGGCGGCGCUUUUCGCAGACCUACCGCCCCCCAACGAAGAGACAAGUGGAGCUGUUGCGCGAAAUCAUGACCAUCAAACUGGGGCAGACCAAGGAGCUCGAGCGCGACAAGUGCCGCCCCGGCCGGGUGAUGUUUGUGGGGCCGGGCCCCUAGAUGCCCCGGCCGGACAGCCCGCAGGCUAGCUGGCCAGCCGAAAGGGGCGGGCCGGCGGGCUGGCGUUUUCGGGAUGGGCUUGUUGACGGCCGCCCGCGCCUCGUGUACCUACGUACUCGGUGCCGCGCCUCGUCUGUCACCAGCCCUCGGGGUGUGCGACUUGGGGGCGUAGGCCCUGGUCCCGGCCUGGGCGGCUGUGCUCGCUUGCCCAGAUUAUCGCAUUCGUGUUCACAUUGUAAGCCCAAGGGGCGCGCCUGGGCCCCGGAGGCACCAGCCGGGGGGGCGCAGCUCUCGCGCACCCUCAGGCUGCCCGGUGUCCUGAAGGUGGGGCAACCAGACGGCGUUACACAAAUCGGCAGCCCGGGGCGCCAAUGGAGGACGCACAGACCGCCCGCGGCGACAUCCAAUGGUCGACGCGCCGUCUUGUUGCCCUUUGCGGCGAUCUAUUGGCGCGCGCCCAUGUG